AUGGAUGAUUCAACUUCAAACUACGCAGUUCCUUUGUUAACAAACAAAAAUGAGAAUUCUCAAGUAUCCUUCUCUCGAAAAGUUUGGGAAGAAAAUCAGAUGGUGUGGAACAUAGCAGGACCAUGCAUUUUAAGUGCAAUCUUUCAAUUCUCUCUUGCUUUCACCACUCAAACAUGGGUUGGUCAUGUUGGUACGCUUGAACUUGCUGCUUUUGGUCUCCAAAACUUGGUCAUUUCUGUUGGGUAUGGAAGUGCAUUAGAAACAUUAUGCGGACAAGCAUAUGGAGCAGGAAAACUAACAUUGCUAGGGAUAUACUUACAAAGAUCAUGGGUGAUUCUGCUUAGAACUGCGUUACCGUUAACACUAAUCUCAGUAUUUGGAACACAAAUUCUAUUAAUAUUAGGCCAACAAAAAGAGAUUGCAGAAUUAGCUGGUACAUAUUCUAUAUGGAUGAUACCACAAUUAUACAUGUAUGCAUUGAAUUCUCCUAUGCAAAGAUUUUUACAAGCCCAAAGCAAAGUAAUACCAUUAGCUUGGUUAUCGUUUCUAGUUUUAGUAAUUCAUGUUCCAUUAAGCUGGUUUUGUGUUAUGAGAUGGGGUUUAGUUGGAGCAGCAGCUUCUUUGAAUUUUUCAUGGGUUUUGGUCGUCAUUCUUCAAUUUGCUUAUAUUGUCUCUGGAAGCUGCAAGGAUUCUUGGAGUGGGUUUUCAUGGAAGGCUUUUACUGAAUUGCUUGAUUUUCUCUGGUUAUCUUUGGCUUCAGCUGUCAUGCUCUGGUUAGUAUCUCUGGUUAUCUUUGACUGGAAGUGGUGCUGGCCCACAUUUGCCUUAUAA